GAAUGGGAGCUGAGGAUAAUACAGUGGAGCAGACUCAUUCUGAAACGACAUCUGAAACUAUUGAAGCGUUGCUUGAGGCUGCGAGAUAUGAUGAUUUAGAUGAUGUCACGAGCUUAGCAUCUUCUGGUGUUUCUCUUGAUUCAAAGGAUUCAGAGGGCCGUACAGCACUUCAUAUGGCUUCGGCGAAUGGGCAUUAUGGCAUUGUAGAAUAUCUUAUUCGUAAUGGAGCGGAUGUCAAUGCUUCCAAUGUGGAGAAAAAUACACCUCUUCAUUGGGCUUGCUUAAACGGACAUAUUGAGGUAGCGAAGAGUUUAAUCCUUGCUGGAGCAAGUGUCUCAGCCUUAAAUAGUCAUGAGAGGACUCCUAUCGACGAGGCAGUUAGCAGGGGUAAAAUGAACAUCAUCGAUGCCAUCAACGAGGCAGUAGCCCAACUUGAACUAACUGGCACCACGGUAUCAUAAGAAGUCAGAAUUAUUUGACAUCCGAGGAUGCAAACGUCUUGGUGGUGGUUACUUUGUUCAGUGUUUUCUAAUAACUUAAAAUAGCCUUCCUACAAGUAUUAUGUAACGUUUGAACUUCAAAUGUUCUCCCAUGUCAUAUUUGGUGACAAGUUGACAAUAUCAAAUGAUGCAUACUCUAAUAGUGUAGUAUCAAUAGCCUCACCUUUUAUCGAGUUAUUUCUGCAAAGAUAGCGUUUCUUUAAUCAGUUCGGCAGUUGAGGUGAAUCCUUGACAACUAUCAUUGGAUUGUGAGCUAUAUAGCAUAACUUGUUCCUAA